AUGACCGCGACUAACGCCCACUCCGGUACGUCCAGUGCUGUCUUGCAUAGAGACACCCACUUCAUUCCCCGAAAGGCCAUUGGCGGAAAGGGAAGCUACAUCUUUCUCGAGGAUGGAACUAAAUUCCUCGACUCCACCGGCGGCGCAGCCGUUUCGUGUUUGGGCCACGGCCAUGAGCAGAUCAAUCAAGCCAUCAAGGACCAGAUGGAUCAAAUUUCAUACUGCCAUUCUGCAUUCUUCGGCACUCAAGUGACAGAAGACCUGGCUCAAUUUCUCACCGAAUCUACUGGCUCUAAACUGUCGAGACUUUUUGUUGUUAGCUCCGGAUCUGAGGCCGUUGAGGCAGCGUUGAAAUUGGCUCGCCAGUACUUCCUCGAGCUGCCUACUCCACAGCCUGAGCGCACCAGAUUCAUCGCUCGUCUGCCCUCUUAUCACGGCACCACCCUCGGUGCACUUGGCGCCGGUGGACAUGUGCUCCGCCGGCAACCAUUUGAGCCUCUCCUGGCCAAAAACACGUCUCAUGUUUCUCCUUGCUAUGCAUACCGUGGCAAGAAGGAGGGUGAGUCUGAUGCGGGUUAUGUUGCUCGUCUUGCAGGGGAGCUCGAUGCAGAAUUCCAGCGUGUUGGACCCCAGACCGUGUGUGCGUUUAUUGCCGAGCCAGUAGUUGGUGCGGCGCUCGGAUGUGUACCUGCAGUACCAGGUUAUUUCCCGGCUAUGAAAGCUGUCUGCGAGAAAUAUGGCGCUCUUCUCAUCCUCGAUGAGAUCAUGAGUGGUAUGGGGCGCUGUGGAACUCUGCAUGCUUGGGAGCAGGAGGACGUCGUCCCCGAUAUCCAGACGAUCGGAAAAGGUCUCGGGGGCGGCUACGCUCCUGUCUCAGGGGUCCUGAUCCAUGACUCAAUUGUUCAGACUAUAGACAAGGGCACCGGCCAAUUUCGUCAUGGACAGACUUACCAGGGUCACCCAAUUGCUUGUGCUGCAGCCCUUGCUGUUCAAAAGACCAUCAAGGAGCAGUCUCUGCUGGAGAAUGUGCGCAAGAUGGGUGCUUACCUUGAGGAACGGCUUCGUCAGCAGUUUCAGAAUCACCCCAAUGUGGGGGAUAUUCGUGGCAAAGGACUGUUUUGGGGGGUUGAAUUUGUCAAAGAUAGAGCUACCAAACAGCCAUUCGACCCGAAUACCCGCCUAUCAUUUCACAUCCAAGAAAAGGGCCUGCAGCCAGACUAUGCCGUCUCGCUCUAUGGAUGUUCGGGUACAGUGGACGGCAUCCGUGGGGACCAUGUGGUGUUAGCACCACCCUACAUUGUGUCUAGGGAAGAAAUCGAUACUCUGGUGGAUGUCUUUGCCAGGGUUUUGACGGACGUCCUUGCGGAGUUGGAGCAUUAA